AUGUCGUCAACUACAAUUCCUAGUGGGUCUCGCGACAUCGUUCUCGUGCGCGCAACAGUGGACGACGUUCCGGCAGUCCUCCAUCUCCUAGAUACCGCUGUCAAAUGGCUGGUAGCGCAUGACAGAAUUGGGCAGUGGGGAACAGGACCAUUCUCAGAGAAUCCACGGCGCGCCGAACAGCUGAAAGAAUUUGCAACAACCGGCCAUGGCCUUUGGCUCGCCAUCAAGGUCGCUGAUAGCACGACAAUCGACCAAACUCCACCCUCCGAUAUACUCUCCAAGACUGUGAACGGAGAAAGUUCGGGUUUCAUCGUAGGAGCAAUUGCUGUUGGAGACAGAAUGCCUUACGCACCACCUGUCUCUGAGCCUGAGCUUUACGUGAAAUUAUUGAUCACUGAUCGACAAUGGGCUGGUCACCAGAUUGGCAAACGCCUUCUGGAACAUGCCCGUCAUCUCGCCAACGAGGCUGGAGUCUCAUUGCUACGGGUGGAUUGCUAUGCAGGUGAUGACAGAAAAUUGGUCAGAUACUACGAGUCUCAAGGAUUUAAGCGAUCCGAAAGGUUUGAUCUCGCAGGAGGCUGGCCUUGUCAAGUACUAGCUCAGAAUUUAUCUGACGUGAAGGAAGAGUAG